AGCGCAACAAUUGUACUAAUAAAAUGUUGACGCAUUAAACUGUGUGAGAACAACAAUUGUCUGACGAACUGAAUCCCAUCGAGCAAGGGUAGUGAGUAGAGAGUAUACCGAAAAUGUCGGAUCAACAACGCGCCUCAUUAUGCCCGCGCCUCGUCGACUACAUGGCCAUUGUGGGUGCCCACACAACGCCGCCAAUGCCCAAGGGCAUGCAGGGCAGCAAGGCGCCGCCGGUGCAGGUGCCCGAUUUGCUGCGACGUUAUCCGCCAUCGGAUCACGCAGACUUUCCGCUGCCGCUGGACAUGGUUUACUUUUGUCAGCCGGAGGGUUGCACCAGCGUGGGACCACGACGCACUGGCUCCGCCAUACGCGAUAUGACCUCGUUUGUGUUUGCGCUAACGGACAAGGAUUCGGGCAAGACGCGCUAUGGCAUCUGUGUGAACUUCUACAGGCCCAUCGAACGACCUUGCUCGGCGGCGGGCGUUGAGCGUGGCGGCGCGGCUGGCAAUGGAGCCGGUGGUGGGCAUGGCGCUGGCGCUGGGGGCGGUGCAAGUGGAGGUGGCCGUGGUCGGCGUUCAUCUGCCUUUCGUCGUGAGUCGUGGCGAAAGAGCAUGGAGCGCAGCUCCGAUUCGGCGUUUAGCAGUUACGGCCUCUUAACUACUUCUAGCGACUACAGAAGUAACGUAGCGCCCAGUGAUUCGGAUCGUGAACUGACCUCGCGUCGCGACUCUGACCAGCUGCGUCUACAUACGCACCAUCAUCCAGCGGCCUCAGUGCCCAAACUGGGCCUGAUGGCACCCUCCGCGGACUCGGAAUCGGGCGGCAGUCAUUCACCAUCGCCACGAGCGUCGCGUAAGCGAACCAAACUGCGCAAUCAAUCGUUAACAUCGCUCUGCAUCAUAUCGCAUCAUCCGUUCUUCACCACCUUUCGCGAGUGCCUCUUCAUUUUGAAGAAGCUGAUCGAUGCCUGCAACGAGUCGUCCUCGCCGAAGCGUGUGGGUGCCUCGCAGAAGCUCAAUCGGGACAAUGUGUGGACGGUGUUGACGGGGCAUGCCAGCGAGGCGACACCCUCCAUUGUGCUGCAUGAUGUGCGCGAGAUCGAGACGUGGAUCCUACGUCUGCUCUCUACGCCGGUGCCGGUGCCAGGCUCUACGCGUGUCGAGGUGGAGGUGCUGUCGCCCACUGUGCACGAACCGUUGCUUUUCGCAUUGCCGGAUCACACACGAUUUUCGCUCGUUGACUUUCCGCUGCAUUUGCCAUUGGAAUUGCUUGGCGUGGAGACAUGUCUGAAGGUGUGGACACUGAUCAUGCUGGAGAAUAAGGUGCUCUUCCAGUCGCGCGACUAUAAUGCACUCUCCAUGUCGGUAAUGGCGUUCGUAACAAUGCUAUAUCCAUUGGAGUACAUGUUUCCGGUCAUACCGUUGCUGCCCACAUGCCUCAGCUGUGCCGAGCAGCUGUUGCUCGCGCCCACGCCCUUUGUCAUCGGUGUGCCAGCCUCAUUUCUCAUCUAUAAAAAGAAUUUCAGGCUGCCCGAUGAUAUAUGGGUUGUGGAUUUGGAUUCCACCAAGCUGACGCCACCAACUGGUGGAUACGAUGAGAUACCUCCAUUGCCCGAGCCGGAGGGCACAAUAUUAAAAAAUCAUCUUAAACAGGCUAUGCUACUUAUGGAUGAAGCUGGACUUGGUGCUUUAACAUCGAUGACAGCAUCCAAUCAGGCUGUCUCCUCACAACAGCUGCUUCCUUCAGUGCGGGAUAGUCUGCAGGAGCCGCCGCUAUUGGGGGUUUCCCAAGUGCGUUUGCCGUUGCAAACGCCCCCGCACUCCGCCCAUGCCAGUCAGCGUAAUUCGGUGUCUGCCCAGGGCGCCAUGUUGUCCCGCCAGCCUAGUCCAAUGAAUUCGCCAGCCCUGAAUCCCUUUGUCUAUGGCACCGAUGUGGACUCGGUGGAUGUGGCCACACGUGUAGCAAUGGUUCGGUUCUUCAAUGCCCAAAAUACGUUGGCGAACUUUGCGGAACAUACGCGCACGCUGCGUCUUUAUCCUCGACCCGUUGUCGCCUUCCAAAUCAAUAGCUUUCUACGUUCACGUCCACGUGCCUCGCUCUUCCUCAAUCAGUUUGCUCGCACGCAGGCUGUUGAGUUCCUGGCGGAAUGGUCGCUAACCCCCACAAAUGUUGCCUUCCUGCGUGUGCAGACGGGCGUCAUGGAUCCCAUGCAGGUGGGCGAUAAGCCCAAAUGGUUCGCCCACUCCCUUACACCUAUACGCUUCUCCGUGUGGGAUGACGGCAGCUCCUUGAAUGGUGCGCUGCGCUCACUCAAGCAGCUCGAGUGCCAGCCCACGGAUGAGAGCGGCUCGGACUCGGAGGGGGCAGAUAGCAGCAGCUCCUCGUACAGCUCUUUAAGUGAUUUUGUCUCCGAAAUGGCGUCCUCGGAUCUGUCGCCCAGCUUACACGACGUCUUCGGCUCCUACAAUCGACCGCAUGUCGUGCCGCAAACAUUAUCCUCAAAUCUGGAUCCAGCUCUCGUUUAUCAUCCGCCCAGCAAGCUACAGUAUCCGGAGGGCUUGGCCGGACCUACGAAAAGCAAGGGUGAUGAGGAGCGAGCCGAUUCACCAGUGUCUUCCUCAUCUAGCCGCUCGGACCUUAGUUCACCCAGCUUUAAUCGUGACUCAGAGUUUGACUUCCAGCCCAAGUCAGGACAGAAGGCAGCGCCGGCUGCAGCGGGUGCCUUUGAGCUGGCUACACCCUUGGCUAUGCGACUCGAGGCGACCAUCAAAAUGGCCAGCCUGGAGGCUGAGUCGGAUACAACCUCCACGGUGACCGGCAAGAGCAUAGCCAGUAACAAAUUGCAACGAAACACCGGCGACGUGGAGCGUUCGGAGAAAAAGAUACCGCCACCACUCACACCGCCCGUCAAGCAGCCGAGUGUUAGCAAUAUAUUGGCCCGUACAGGAAGUUCUGGUUCGAGUUCGAGUAGUCCGGGUCGCCAGAGCUCACAGAGUUCGCUGUUCGAAAACUUUGCCUCGCACGCCAAGGAGCUGGUACGCGAGACGACGCGUCAGAGCAGCCAGGAAGGCCUGCUCGCCCACGUCGACAAGCAUGCACUGGACGAAGAUCUAGAUGACAAAAUGCGACACACCUUCGAAAAGUUUACGUUGCAUGCAAAAAAGGCGGCCGGUGAGGCGUCCAAGCAGGCGCUGGAGGUGUCCAAGCAGGCAGCUGGCGUUAGCAAAAACACCUUGGAAGAUCUCACCUAUGUGGGCAAGUCUACUUUGGGCGAUCUAACCAAGACGGCCAAAGAGGCGGCCACCAAGAAGGGCAUCAUCAAGAUUGAGGAGCAUGGUUCAUCAGCUGCAGCUACAAGCAAUGCUCCACCAACGCCCAAUUCCCAGCUGGCGACACAGAAGCAGGUGCAACAAGCCGGCGGUGGCAACAAUUUCUUUUCCUCCAUUGGCACCGAUUUUAAUGGCCUGGCCUCCUCCACAACAACAAUGUUUUCGGGAAUGUUUGGAAAGAAGAACCAACAGAAGCAGGCGGCCAUGCAGCACAAGCAGACAAAUGUAUCAUCACCUAAGAAUAAGGCUGGCAUCAAUUUUGAUCCGUUUCCUAGUCGUAAAGGUCUCGUCGAGCGUACGCCACUUAUUAAGCAUGCGGGCCCCCGCCAAACGCAGGAGGACCUAACACGUCAACAGAAUCAAGAACGUUCGCAUAGCAAUGCCGAGAAUCAGGCGUUCCUCAAGGAUGUCACCACUCAGGUGCUGGCGGGCGAGGGCAUUGGCUGGCUAAAGCUCAAUCGCUUCAAGAAACUGAUGGAGGAUGAAUCCUAUCGCACGCUGGUGCUCAGCAAGCUAAACAAGACGCUGGACAAGAAAAUUGCGCCCGACGAUCAUAUUGAUGAUGUGUGUGUCACCAAGCCCGUGUGGAAGGGCAUGCUGAAGUGUGUGCAAGCCAUUGCUGGAGGCCUCGAUGUGACAUUUAGCAAUUUCGGACUCGGCGGCAUGGCGUCAGUAUUCCAGCUAAUGGAGGUGGCGCAUACACACUACUGGAGUAAAGAGAUUAAUGAGGGCAGCGAUAUGUCAUCCAGUUUGCUGUCGAGUCAUGCGGCUAGUCCCAUGGGCAGUCGUGAGAAUCUACGCUCGCCGAGCAGCCCCAAUGGCUCCCAUUCCGGGCUGGGCAGUGAGUGGGCCUCGCCGCAGGAGUCGCGCAAGAGUUCAACGCAUACGGCACUUCCGACUUCACAAUCAACAGCUGCAGCGCGUCGUCUGUCGUCGGCAGAUAGCCAAGAUGGGCAGUCGACAACGGAGAUGUUCAAGGAUAUGUUGUCGCAGAAGAGAAGUGCCUUGAAGAAUAUGCUCACCUCGUUCGAUUCAGAUGCUGCUGGCUCCACGGGCGCGCUAUCCGUAGUCAGUGAUCUGCUCCCAGCUAGCAGCUUGAGCGUUCGCAUGCCAUCCAGCUGCCGUUCCACAGUCUCAGACACCGAAUACGAAAAUACCACCACGUCGAAAGACUCGAAAAAGAGCACCGGAAACUUGUGGUCGGGCAAGUCGACGCUCAGCGCCGGUUUCCGCUAUACGGGCGGGCAUUUGAUAAAUACCUCAUCGUCGCCAUCGCCAGAUAGUCCGAGGGUUUAUCUUUUCGAGGGCCUGCUGGGCAAGGAUCGGCUCAAUCUCUGGAAUCAAAUGCAGUUCUGGGAGGAUGCUUUCUUGGAUGCUGUCAGUCAGGAGCGUGAUAUGAUCGGCAUGGAUCAGGGACCCAUUGAAAUGAUGGAGCGCUAUAAGUCACUGAGCGAGUCGGAACGCAAACGUCUCGAGCACGAUGAGGAUCGCUUGCUGAGUACCAUGCUCUACAAUCUGACCGCCAUCUUGGUGAUGUUGAAUGUGACCAAGGAUGAGAUCAGACGCAAGAUACGCCGCCUCCUGGGAAAGAGUCACAUCGGAUUGGUCUACUCGCAGGAGGUGCACAAUGUAGUCGAUCAGAUCAACAAUCUGAACGGCAAUGAUAUAGAUCUGAAGCCAUUGGGCUCACGACUGCUACACCGUCAGAGCUUUACCGUGCAUCAGGGCAUCGAUGUCAAUGGUCCGUUGCGCUUCAUGGAGGUGCGCGAUGAUGGCUUGGUGUUGCGUUCCGUGGAUGGCACCAUUGUGGAGCGCUGGUGGUACGAGCGUCUGGUCAAUAUGACCUAUUCCCCGAAGACCAAGUUACUCUGUCUGUGGCGUCGCAACGGCGGUCAGACGCAGCUUCACAAAUACUACACACGCAAGUGCAAGGAGCUGUAUAAUUGCAUCAAGGAGGCCAUGGAACGCGGCGGCACGCCCACAAAUGUCCCCGAAUUGGGCGGUGAGUUUCCAGUGCAGGAUAUGAAUACGGGCGAGGGUGGACUGCUGCAGGUCUGUCUAGAGGGUGUCGGUUUGUUGUUCUCCAACAGCAAGGAUUUCGAGUUCUUUGUGCGUUUGGAUCAUAUACGCAAGUGUUUUACACAGAAGGGCGGCAUUUUCGUAUUGGAGGAGUACAAUCCCAAGACGCGCAAUCUUAUACAGCGUAAAUAUCAGUCAAGCAUGUCGGAUCAGAUAUGCUACUCGGUGCUGUGCGUCUUCAGCUAUGUGGCCGCUGGCCAGGAUCAGAAGAAGAAUCCGGUGGUUAUCACACCACAAAUCCAGGACAUACACGCACAGCAGAAACAGAAGCAUCAACAGCAACAGCAGCAGCAGCAGAAGAGCAGCGCAGCAGCCUCAGUCACGACAGCAGCUACAGCAACAGCCACAGUAACAGCUGCGACAACAAUUACUGCGACAACAGCUGCUGCGACAACAACAACAGCUAGCAGCGCUGCAACUGGAGGCAGACAGCAGCCGGGCCACAUCACCAUACGCCAUACCGUGCCCAUGCAGAAGCCGAGCAUCACCAUGUCCACAGUGCAGCCGCAAGCGAAGUUGCCACCGGCUUUGGUCACGCAGAGUCCGCAGUUGCCGCAGCUGCCGCCGCGUGUGCCCUCGCAGGCCUCCACAGAGAGCAGCUCGCCGCCAGCCAAGCUGCGCGGUCCGCCGCCUGGGCCACCACCAGCCAUACCGCCACGCACGGGCGCCAUAGCGCGCAGCGGCUCAAUGCAGUCGUCGCCGAGUCGCAGCUUUGUGCGUCAGGCAUCGGCGAAUUCGACGAUGCCGCAAUACACGCCACAGCCGCCGCCGCCAUUUGUUAUACCCAAGCGCUUGGCGCGCGCCUCAACACUGACCGCUGCACCACACCAGCAGCAGCAACAGUCGCUGCACCACCAUCAGCAGCAGUUGCCGCUGCACCAGCAACCGUUGCCCGAGACCAGCCCGACCUCGAGCUCGAGCUCGCAUUCGCCUCAGGCUCAUCGCAAACACUGACGAAGGAGUUCGUUCUUUAAGUUCAGUGGUGCGGGCGGUGGAGGCGGCCCCACUGGCGAGGAGCCGCACCUGGCGCCGCACAGACGCGACGUUUGUCGCACCAUUUGCAUACCCUGGCUCUAAGCUGGCGAACGAAUCGGGCAUGCACAACUAACUUCGGCUCGUCGAAGCUUCCAUAUCCUUGCAGAGUUUCGUUCAAUUAGUCUAGAAUUUCCUCCACACAUAAUGUUCCUAUAAGGCUAACAAU